AUCACUAUCAUGCUUAAUAUUACAUAGUUUUUUUGCAGACAUGUAUCAUUCACUAAUGACAAUUAUGUUUAAAUCAGGUAAACUCCCUACAUAUAAAACGAGUUUCCUCUGAUUAUUUAAUGCAAUUGCAUAUUUAGAACUUCAACUUAAAACUACUGGUUAAACUUGUGCAAUUUUAUGUAUGAUCUCAUAUAUGUAUAAAUAGUGUAGUGCCAUAAAAUAUGCAUAGCCCUACUUCGUCCUCUUCUCUAGAGCUUCUACUGUAUUAGGGAAUCAUGACCAAAAACUAUGGCUUCCUUAUCUGCAUACUUGUCAUGGUCUUGGAUGUUAUUGCUGGCAUACUUGGAAUUGAGGCAGAAAUAGCUCAGAACAAGGAGAAGCACAUGAAGGUUUGGAUAUUUGAGUGUAGGUACCCAAGCUAUCAUGCUUUCAAGCUAGGUUUGGCAGCUGCCACUCUCUUGGCACUUGCCCAUGUAAUUGCUCACUUGCUUGGUGGCUGCAUUUGUGUUUGGUCCAAAGAACAAUAUCGAUUAGCUUCGGCAAACAGGCAAUUAGCAGUGGCUUUUCUCAUUUUCUCUUGGAUUGUGGUAGCUGUUGGGAUGUCGAUGCUGAUCAUAGGCACAUUAGCAAACUCAAGAUCAAGAAAAUCUUGUGCGAUGUUCAACCGCCGGUUUCUAUCCAUAGGAGGCAUCAUGUGUUUCAUCCAUGGAUUAUUCACUGUUCCCUAUUACGUUUCUGCAACAGCCACCAGAAGGGAGGAAGAAAAGAUAAAAGAAAACGCCAGCCAAAGCGUAAGACGCACUUGAUCAUCUUUUGUUACCAAACCAGAGCGAUUAUACCUAGUGUUCUACCAAGUGUACAUUUAUUUUAUUUCAUUUUUUUGUGUGUUUCACUGAUUACACAAAUUGCUUGAUUUUCAACGGGUGCAUAUUCAAUUGUAUGAUUAAUAAUAUCACUGCAAAUGCACAACAAAGUGAAGGAAAUGCAUGAUUUGAGAGUGAGAGAGAAGAAGAUUUCUCUGAUUUUACCUAAACCCCACCAACUCUGCAAUAUCUAAUAAAACAGCAUAUCUC